AUGGUGGAAUGAAAGUGAGUAGCGCAGUUACUUCCGAUUUUGGCGCGCUCGCGAGCAGACGUGACGCCAUGUUGGAUAUUGCGUCAAAGUGAAAUGCGCGCGAAACGGAACGUGAACGUCAGAAAUUUCAAAAUUCGAAGAAGAAUGUUGUGUUUAGUUUUUUUUAUGGUUGUGAAUGUGGCUCUGUGUUCGGAUUCCGAGAAUGACGUUUUUACCUUAGAUGAUAAUUUAACAAUAGACAUAGAAGCAUCGGAUAGAAGGAGACCUGCUAAUGGUCAAGAGAAAGAUAUUCUGUUGUUGGAUGCUCUGGGAAGAAGGAAAGCUACGCAUUACACUGGAUAUAGUUCAUCGCAAGAAGAUGACUCCAUUAUGGAUUUGUUGGGGAAAAUGAUACCCCAAAGCUGCCGCUACAGAGGGGCACGGUACUCCUGUGGACUUAGUAUAUCCUGCGUCAUCGGAGGAGGAAAGCCCCUGGAUCUCUGCUCAGGAGGAAUGAUAUGGGCCUGCUGCGUAGACCGGGAAACAACAGAGAAACCGACGGAAAUCGCUCCUGUCAUACACAACGCCAGUGACCUUGUCGAAAUCAUCGGGACAUUUCCACAAGACACAUUCGACUACCAACACACGAACCAAUUCGAAGACCCAAUCAUCCUGUACACGGACACAAACCAGAAACCACACUACCCGAAACCGGACACGAACCGCCCCGAACUGGAUACCGCCGGACAAAACCGGCCGAAACCGAAUUGGGUGCAAAGCUUCUUUCACGUGAAGCCAUCGUAUCAUGAGAGCACGACGCAGUCUGAUGGGUUUUCCAUGGGUGAUGAUGGUUAUGUACCAGUGCACACGAAUGUUCCUCGGCCUAGUUAUCCGGGUUGCGGUGAACAUUAUACCCGUUCCAACAGGAUAGUUGGUGGCCAUUCGACGGGUUUCGGGUCCCACCCCUGGCAGGCAGCGCUGAUAAAGUCUGGGUUUCUGAGCAAGAAACUGGCGUGUGGAGGUGCCCUUAUAUCGGACCGAUGGGUUAUAACUGCUGCUCAUUGCGUAGCCACGACACCCAACUCCCAAUUGCGAGUGAGACUUGGUGAAUGGGACGUCCGAGAUGCAGGUGAACGGUACAGCCACGAGGAGUUUGCUGUGCAGCGGAAGGAAGUUCAUCCGUCGUACGAACCGGCUGACUUCCGAAAUGACGUGGCGCUUGUACAGCUUGAUAGAGGAGUAGUCUUCAAACAGCAUAUAGUACCUGUUUGUCUACCACAAAAGCAAAUGAAGCUAGCUGGCAAGAUGGCGACAGUCGCCGGCUGGGGCAGGACGAGGCACGGCCAAAGCACGGUACCUUCUGUAUUACAGGAGGUGGAAGUAGAAGUGAUACCGAACGAGCGGUGUCAGCGAUGGUUCCGCGCCGCUGGUAGACGAGAGACUAUCCACGAUGUAUUCUUAUGUGCUGGAUAUAAAGAGGGUGGUCGUGAUUCCUGCCAGGGUGAUUCCGGGGGUCCUUUGACGCUGAAGUUUGAAGGGCGAAGCACCCUAAUAGGUCUCGUAUCUUGGGGUAUCGGUUGUGGCCGAGAGCAUUUGCCUGGCGUGUAUACAAACAUACAAAAAUUCGUUCCCUGGAUCGACAAACUGAUUAAUACGUAACAGUAAUAAUAUAAUAUAAUUUAUUUAACAAACGAAAGAGAACUUAUGUAAAUAUUGAUAUUUAAAUUUCUGUUGAUGCAUUUUGAAUUUUGUGACUGUGAUAUUUUCACUGAUCAUUCUUUGGAAAUAGAUUGAAAAUUAAUUCAUUUGUGUGUACAGUCAUCUGCAGUUUGGAAUCUAUAUAUACUAAUAAAUGGGGAGACGGUUUUUCCUUUGGUUAUACUGCGAAAACUUCUGAAACGAUCGGAAUAAUACUUGUACCAUAGCGUGUUUCGAAGAAAGUUAGAGGUAUACAAUUUAUCCGGAACUUAUAAUUUUUUAACUUAUAAAUACCUAUGUAUUUGCAAUACAAAUAAUUCAGUCAAUAACAUUACAUUACAUAUGACAAUUCAUACAAUGACCAGGCGUGAGAUACUUUAUUUAUAUGGUAAAACAACGUCUGCCGGGUUUGACUUGUGAUGCUAUCUAUAAACGUUGAUAGAAAUUUAUUAAAUUAUAUUAUAUAAUCUUACAAAAUCAAAAAGACUUUAAUAAACAGAAUUUUAAAUAAGUUAACCAUGCUUGAGACUAAUGGACGUGGGAAAGUGCUGUUUAGAUAUUUUUUAAUGAAGUUAAAAAAAUAUAUAACUUUAUUAAAUAGGACAGAAAAUUUGUAACAAUUAGAACUCUUUAUUUUGAAAAUUCUAGUUUAUGAUAAAAUUAUACGAAGUUUUAUAUAUACAAUAUUUACUUAUAUUGUUAGAAGAAUAGAUUUAUAUAUUUUAUAUAAUAGUAUAUAAUACAAUAGUACCUACAUUUCAACACAAUAAAGUCAUAAAAGGAAAUCAAUGAAAAAUAGAAGGAUAUAGAUGCAGGGUAAUUUUUAUUGCGUUUUUAUUUACUUAUUUACAUAAAACGAAAGUAUUAAACGAUUGUUUUAAAUUUAAUUAUUGUAUGAAUAGUAUUUAAACUGUAUAAAAAAUAACAUACAAAUAAUUUGUACGGAAAACGUUUCGUUAAAACCAACCAUGCAAGGACGUCAUAUGCAAGAGAAUAAUUAAAGAACGAGUGCGGAAACG